GAUACCCAAGAGAAGCUUUCUGUUUGUUGCUAGAAACUUACCGCCUAAAUGUCACUGCCUUUUACUAGAUACUGCUGGGUACUUUAUUUCAGAAUAUUUUUGAAACAUUUUCUUAAAUCAGGAACACAUGGCUGUUUUUAGUGUAAGAAAUAAUCAUAGGAGGCGAUAUGUUAUUCUGUUUUUGAGUCUCGCGUGCUUUCUUAUUUACCGACACUUCAGAGGUCCGACAGUAAAGAUAAAGAUAAAUCGAUCGAUGGGUCUGAGGGUGAACUCGUCCCAGUUCACUCUUGGAGGAAAGCCAUUUCGUAUUCUGGGGGGCUCUUUACACUACUUCCGCCUGCCCAGAGCUUACUGGAAGGAUCGGAUGUUGAAAAUGAAAGCCUGUGGUCUCAACACUCUCACGGUUGAUGUGCCAUGGUCUCUCCAUCAGCCAGAGAAAGGAGAACUACGUUUCCAGGGAGGCCUUGACAUAGAAAGUUUCCUUCACUUGGCUGUAGAGGUGGGACUCUGGGUAAUUUUACGUCCAGGACCGUACAUAGGCUCCGAUCUUGAUCUUGGAGGACUGCCCAGCUGGCUUUUGCGUGAUAGAGAGAUGAUGCUGCGUACAACUUACCCAGGAUUCAUAGCGGCUGUAAACAUGUACUUCAAUAAGCUAAUUCCCAAAGUGGUGCCUUUCCAGUUUAAGAAAGGUGGGCCUAUUAUUGCCGUUCAAGUGGAGAACAAAUAUGGAUCACAUGCAAGAGACGGAAACUACUUGUCAUUUAUCAAAGAGGCUCUCCAAGAAAGAGGCAUCAGUGAAGUUCUGCUCACGUCAGACGAUCAUGAUGGCCUAAAAUAUGGUGGAGUCCAAGGAGCUUUAAGAACUCUAAAUCUACAGAAAAUGAAUCAUGAAGACAUCAAGUAUCUGGAAACAGUACAGCCUAAUAGUCCUGUGCUGGUGACGGAGCUCUGGACAGGGAGGUCUGAUGGAUGGGGCGGUUUACACCAUAGUUUACCUGCGGAGGACUUGGUUGCCGUGGUGAGAGAGACACUGAGAAGAGGAAUGUCCAUCAACCUCUACAUGUUCCAUGGAGGGACAAACUUUGGCUUCAUGAAUGGAGCGUUGGCCAACCCGUCGUACAAAGCUCUGGUUACAAGCUAUGAUUAUGAUGCACCUCUGUCAGAAGCAGGAGAUUACACACCAAAGUACCAUCUUCUCAGAGAUCUUCUCAGCAAUUUCAACGGUGAAAUCCAUCCUGAGAUGCCUGGUGUCCGCUGGAAAGAAGAUUACGAGGCGGCCAUAUUGUUCCAGCACCUGUCAUUGUGGGAUGCUCUGCCAUACACACAUGAGUCUUUCAAAUCUCAAUUCCCGGUCAACAUGGAGAAUCUGCCUGUGAACAACGGUAACGGUCAGGCAUAUGGAUACACACUCUAUGAGACCACCAUCAUCAAAGGAGGCUUUUUAAAAUCAGGACACAACAUCCAAGACAGAGCCCUGGUUUUUGUGAACCAAAGUUUCAUUGGCAUUUUUCACCAAAGAAAUGUAGAAUUAGCAGUUCCUGAUGGAAAGGAGAAACGCACUUUGAGUCUGCUGGUGGAGAACUGUGGACGUGUGCAUUACGGUAAAGACAUGGACAACCAGCGCAAAGCUUGUACAGAGCACCUUGGAAGACCGUCCCUAACAAACCUAGCUUCCCAGGAUUUUUCCAGGGAAGGUUAUUUGUAAAUGGAUAUCCCAGUGACACCUUCAUGAAGCUACCAGUGAGUUUAAUGAAUUAGGAUAAGAACGCUUAAAGGUGCAGUUCGCCCAAAUAUAAAAAAUUGCUGACAAUUUACUCACUCUCAGGCCAUUCACUAUAUAGAAGAGUUUGAGGUUUCUUCAUCAAACAAUUUUGGAGAAAUUUAGCGUUACAUCACUUGCUCAAAAAAGUGAUCUCUGAAGUGAAUGGGUGCCGUCAGAACGAGAGCCCGAACAGCUGAUAAAAAUAUCACAACAAUCCACCAGUAACUCACACACCUCCGGUCCUUGUGAUGUGAAAGUUUGUAAGAAACUAAUUCAUCAAAGUUUUCACUUUGCACUUCCUCCAGUGAAAACAUUCAUCCCUCAUCUUAAAGGAAUAGUUCACCCAACAAUGAAAUUGUUCAUUUAUCAGUAGCUCCAAAACUAUAAGAGUUUCUUUGUUCUAACGAACACAAAGAAAGAUACUUUGAAGAAAGAUUCAUGCCUAGGGUGACCAGUAUAUAAAUGGCUGCUAUAAUAAAUUAUUUUGAUUUAUAAAAAUAAAUUAUUAAAAUUGAAUAAAUUAAUGAAUAAAUGAAUACAAAACAAAGAAAAUUAACGACAACCCAAAUGUAUGGUUGCUCUCUUAAAGCAAAACACACACAGGCUUUCAGGAUCCUCAUAUCCUUCAGUUUGUAACCAGGCUGCUUGGUCACCAUUGACUUUUUUUGUUUGCUACUAAGUCAAUGGUGACCCAAAACAGCCUGGUUACAAACCUUUUUCAAAAUAUCUUCUUUUGUGCUUGGCAGAACAAAGAAAUUCAUACAGCUUUGGAACUACUUGAGAAUAAGUCAGUAGUAAAAAAAAGCAAACUAUUGCUUUAAUAUCUCCUGUUUUCUCUUAAAAUGGUGUUUGAUUGUAUUUUGCCGAAAAGCAAUAGCUUGAAAACAUUUGAUAAUGAAUUUGUUUAAUGCAACAUGCAGCUUUUUCUUUACAAGACAUUAAUUGGUGGCACAAAGUGGUGUGGAUUCCUUAUGGAUUAUUAUGAUGUUUUUAUCAGCUGCUUAGACUCUCAUUCUGACAGCACCCUACAUUUUUCCAAAUCUGUUCCAAUGAAGAACUCCGCUACAUCUUAGAUGCCCCGAGGCUGAGUGCAUUUUAGGGUGAGCUAUUCUUUAAAAUUUGGUUAAAAGUAUUAUGUCCCCAUGCAGGGUUGGAGUAAGGGUGUAGUCUUUAUUAACGGCCAAAACAUUGGACGGUACUGGGAUGCUGGACCACAACAAGCUCUGUUUCUACCGGGACCCUUUCUUAACAGUGGAAUGAACCAGGUCAGUUUACAUGCUACGUACAUU